AUGGCGCCCGAUCCGCAGCCUGAACAACCCGCGCAGGCCGAAACAGCCCAAGAAACAACUCAAUCUCAAUCCCAGGAACCAGAGCGACAACCAGAAUCAGAACAAGACCCUCCCGCAUCACCGCCCCUCCCUCAGCGACACACAGCCGUUACGCCUGGUCCCCGCGCCGCGCGUCUACAAGAACUCUACGCGCGAUCGCUAAAGAAGACGCUGGGCAAGAUUGGAUGGGACAAUGUCGCCGGCUGCUACCCUACGGUUGCAAAGAGGGCGGAGGGUGUGUUGAGGCAGGUUCAGGGACAAAUGGUUGAUAAGCUUGGCGAGAAGUGCGAGAAAGAGUUUGAUAAUAUUAUGGUAUCGAGACAGGUCGUUCCUAAGCUCAAUGAUCUAGAGAGCCUUAUUAGCGAUGCCUCCCGCCGACGUGCAGAUCCCCAUCUUUUACCCCCAUCAGCCAUCCUCGCCGCACAUCUCACGCCCGCCCUCACGGCGCACCAGUCGCAGCUCAAUGCUCGCCUACAGACGACACAAUCGCAAAACGCUCUCUUGUACGAGGAAGUUCGUCGUCAAAGAGAAGAAAUUCGUACACUUCUUGAUGCCCUCGAAGCUGUCGUCGCCGAUGUCCAGGGCGCAAAUGACGCGCUGCGCCCGGUUGUGGACGAUGUUGCUGCUGAGACGAGACAGGGCAUAGCAGCUGUUGACGCAGUCAAUGGUGGUGGGCAACAAGGAGCAUCAUCAUGA